UAUUUUUUUUUGUCCCCCACCUUUCGAAGAAAGUAGGGGACUAUUAAAAUGGGUCUGUCUGUCUGUCCUUCUGUCUGUCCGUCACACUUUUUGGGACACAAUAACUCUCCUUCUAAUUGACCUAGAAUGUUCAAACUUGGUGUAGGUGUUUAUUAGGUCAAUGUCUUGAUGGAGUUCGAAGAUGAGCAUUUUCUGAUUAGGCUGUUAACAAUAAGUGGUUGUACCAGUAAACAGGGUGUUGGUAUCAGCAGCUACUUUCAGAAAUCUCCACAAAAUAAACAUACUACCAGUUCUUCUACUGUUCCACCUAUUCCACAAUCACUGCCGACGCCGUGUCCAUUAUCCAUCUCUAACCCUCCUGAUGAAUCCAAGAAAAAGAUUAAAAAUCUUAUUAAGCGGAGUGGUCCAAAACUUUCCAGGAAAAAAAAGAAAGAAAAAAAUGUAAUACCGAAACGAAAUUCUCUGUUAAAUGCGUUUAAAGUUGUUAUUGAGACGAAUGUAACGGACCGGAAAGAUAAAAUGGAAGACAAUGAUGAUUUAGGAGACGACGUUAAUGACAUGGAAGUCAAAUCAUGCAGUACGUCUGAAAGUGAUUUUCCGAUUACGGACAUGGCGGCAAGUAAAGAAGAAGACAUUCAAAUCGAUUCAAAAGAAAAUAAAGACAACAUGAAUGACGAAAGUGAUGGCAAACCAUUGGUUCGUAAAGCUAAAAAAUACACAAAAAAACUGCCAGCAACAGAUACGAAAUUAAUAGAAUCCGGUGUGGUCGAGAAAACGAGUGUGAAAAAUAGCGACAAAGCCGAUCCCUACGAUUUUGGCAGUCAGGAUUUAUCGCUGGAAAGCCCAAAAAAAACAAAAGUUGAAACGGUGCAGACAAAAUCCAAAUUAAAAACGAAAUUCCCCCAAAUUGUCACCACACCGGAAAAAGAUCCACAAUUGUCAACAUUGGAUAUCAAUAAAGAAAUUCCUGAAUUGAUAAUUACGAAUUGUGAAAAGACAGAUAAUAAUUUUGUUUCUGCAAAAACUGAUAACGAAAACAGCGACUCACCAGAUUCGUCGACGCCUAAUUUGGUUAAAUCAAAAACUCGUCUUCGCUGCCCGCGACUGUCCACCAUUUUUAAUCAUAGUGUUAAUACCUCCUUACCGUCUGCUAGUUUUGUGAAUAAGCCCAAAGUUGUCUCCCCUGCUGAAACAAUUCCUUAUAAAGCAAACGUUAUCACAUCUGCCGAAACAAUCCCUGUAAAUCUUAAAGAUAAAUCGUCCGAAACAGUUUCUCCGUCGAAAGAUAUAGUCAACAACAAAGAUACAGUGAAGCAGAUGCGAAAAACAAGAUCAAUCAAAUCUCGGGGGGUGAAUUUCGACACAAACAGUUCGGUGAACGAAUUCCAGGAGACAGACGUUUUACCUAAGAUCUCUUUACCAAAAGAGCGGAACAAACGAAAGCAACCGGAAUCAAAAUCAGUAGCAACAAAGCCAAGAGCCAAAUCAAGAAAAGUUACAAAAACGAAUAAUUAUGAUAUUUUUAAGGCCUCCACUUCAGAGAAAAAAGCAGAAAGGUCGAUAUUGGAUUUGUUGAAUAACUCCAAAGCGGAAAGGUCGAUAUUGGAUUUGUUGAAUAACUCCAAGUCUGCUAUCGUUAAAGCCGUGAAGCCAAGUGAUAUAAAAAGUUCAUCAACGAAAGCUGCAGCCGAUUUUGAUAUUCUUUUGAUCGAAGAACUAUCUGAUCUUCCAAAAGUAAAAGAUGAAAAAAACCUUGAUUUAAGAAGAGAAGUUCUUGAAAUUGAAGAUGUAUCUGAUUUAAAUAGAGACCAUAUCAAGAUGUUGGUGUUAAGCAGUGAGAGUUAUCUUCGUGAUAUAUUCCAGGGAAAGGUGGUUUGUGAAAGACAUCAAGAUUAUAAAAAAGGCGGAAUGGACAGAAAUAAUUUAAACUAUCAAGUUCAUCUUGAACUAUUUACUGAUGAACAACAUGAUGUUGUCAUGGAAACAUUGAUGGAGAUGUUCUGUAAAAAACAUCACAAGUAUAUGGAUUAUUUAUUGAAAGUUUUAUUACCAGAAGUAUUAGUCAAGAUUUAUAUGGAAGUUAAAGGGACAACCCAUCAAGAAACAGAGAGAAUUAUGAAAAGUCCACAUCGAUUUGAAAAAUAAAAAAUAAAAUAAAUGUUAUCGA